AUGGCUGCUCUCAAAACUCGCCUUGGCUUCACAAAUACGACCUCGUACAUUCUAUUCUGCAUUUUCGGUGGCAUCCUAUUCCUCUUCUCAACUCUUCAACUUCCCUACAUCAACAUCGACGGUGUAUUCUGCGCAAAAGGAAAUCCGUGGUCUGUUCCUGGAGAAUGUUAUGUUUUCCAGAAACCAGGCCUUAUGCGGUCUGGCAUACUGUUACACCUGGUGACGUUCUUACCCGCGGGUGCUCUGGUGUGUUUCCAAUUCAUACCGGCUCUUCGAAGACCGAAGUAUAUCAAGUUUCACCGAUUGAAUGGAUAUGUCGUUCUGGUACUUUCGGCAUUGGGAACAGUGGCAGCAUUGAUCAUUGAGAGUGAAGCCAUGGGAGGGAUAUUGUCGAAUAGGAUAGGAACGUGGACUCUUGCGACGCUGGUUACUACCGCAGCGGUGAAGGGCUAUGUCAGUAUCAAGUACAGAGAGAUCGAGAAGCACCGUGCUUGGAUGCUGAGGGCCUGGUUUUGGGCAACAUCAAUCAUCACCAUGAGAUUCAUUCUGGUAUCACUAGCUCACGUUAUAGGCCACCCUUCUAGGUCGACUACCAUGAGCAUGCCAUGCACAGUUAUCGAGUAUCUACACGAAAGCUUCCCUGGAACGAGGCAGAACCCAUAUCCAAGUUGUGCAGCAUACAUCUCAGGCGAGAACCCGCUGCAAGAAGCGCUUGUGACGACAAAUUGGGAUUUGAAUGACUUGCCUGGUAUCACGGCUGCUCUGAGAGUUGGCUAUGCUGUCGGAGGCUGGCUAGGUUUUCUCAUUAAUGCUACUGGGAUAGAAAUCUAUAUAUGGAAGACUGCACCUCCCCAAAAACUCAAAGUUUGA